UAGAGAACUUGGGGCUCGCUCUCUGACAGUCAAGGUCCUCAGAUUCUUCAAAAGCAAAGAGUUCCUUUGGUUUUCUUCAUCUUAUUUUUCACUGUUGAAUCUGAAUAUCGACUUCGUCUGUUAGAUUUUUCCAUUGGAAUCCAAUUCCUAUAUUUCUCAGUGGAUUUCCAUUUCAGCUGAAAUUUUUGAGAAAGGAAAGAAAAGCUGCUUCAGCUCAAAGCUCUAGUUCUGAUCAAGCUGAAGUUACCGAUAUCAAGUUGAAUUUUUCCGUUUACAGACGUCGUUUUUGCUCCGGAUUCAGCUUUUCCGACUAGCUCAGAAUGGCUAAGCGCGCAUAUAAGCUGCAGGAAUUUGUGGCUCAUUCAGACAAUAUUAAUUGUCUAAAUAUUGGGAAAAAGGCAUGUCGACUUUUUGUUACCGGCGGUGAUGAUCACAUUGUCAAUCUUUGGACAAUUGGCAAACCCACUUCUUUAAUGAGUCUUGCCGGUCAUACGAGUCCGAUUGAAUCCGUAGCUUUUAAUUCGGCAGAAGUUUUGGUACUUGCUGGAGCUUCUUCUGGUGUGACAAAAAUAUGGGAUCUUGAGGAAACAAAGAUGGUUCGCACACUUAGUGGACAUAGAUCCAGCUGUACUGCUGUUGAAUUUCAUCCAUUUGGUGAGUUCUUUGCUUCUGGUUCCACGGACACUAAUCUAAAGAUAUGGGAUAUUAGAAAGAAGGGAUGCAUCCACACGUACAAAGGUCAUACUCAAGGCAUCAGUACAAUUAAGUUCACGCCCGAUGGUCGCUGGGUAGUUUCUGGUGGGUUUGACAAUGUAGUAAAGGUAUGGGAUCUAACAGCUGGGAAGCUCUUGCAUGAUUUUAAAUUCCAUGAAGGACAUAUUCGAUCCAUAGGUUUUCAUCCCCUUGAGUUUCUCUUGGCCACAGGUUCAGCAGACAGAACUGUAAAAUUCUGGGAUUUGGAAACUUUUGAACUGAUUGGAUCUACCAGACCUGAGCCUACAGGAGUACGCGCAAUUGCUUUUCAUCCUGAUGGGAGGACCCUGUUUUCUGGAUUGGAUGACAGUUUGAAGGUUCAUUCAUGGGAACCUGUAAUAUGUCACGAUUCUGUUGAUAUGGGAUGGUCAAGACUUGGUGACUUAUGCAUUCAUGAUGGGAAACUAUUGGGCUGCUCAUACUAUCAAAAUUCUGUUGGAGUUUGGGUAGCGGAUGUAUCGCUUAUUGAGCCAUAUGCAGCUGGUUCUACACCUGUGCAAAAUGACGGUACAGCUCAGAAACCUUAUGUUAAACUUCAGGAAACCGCAGGGAAGGUAGAGAGUGGUAUAAGGAGACCAGGCUUGCGGUGUAUGUCUCCUGAUUAUGACACAAAGGACAUAAAAAACAUAUACAUUGAUUCUAGUGGAGGAAAGCCAGUUACCUCACAGAGAAUGGUUUCUCCAAGAGUUGUACCCUCGUUGGAUUCAAAGGAAGCCACUGCUGCAAAGCAGAGCCCUUCAGUAGGGUUGCAUCCAAAAUCUAACGAGCAAGUAGUCAAUAAAUCCCUGGUUGUGCCUAAUGUUGUACCUCGGAGCAGUCCUGAUGGAAAGGAUACGGCUAACUCUGGAAGGGAAGCUGUUGCUUUUUCAAGGACCAGACGUGGUAUGAUGCUCAAACCAGCUCAUGCACGAAGAGCAUCAAAUAGCAAAAUUGACUUCGAGGAGCUGCCACCGGAUGUUGAAUCUGGAAAACUUUGCAAUAUGAUGAGUAAAUUAGAUAGUGCAAUGGAUCUUAACUGUCAAACCAAAACUGUAUCAGAAGAUAGGGCUAGAGAGUCGUGCGAGGAAAAUCAUUCUGAGAUCAAGAGUGUAGAAGAGAAGUUUGAAAAAGUUAUAUCGCUGAAGAAGACCUCUAAUCAGGAAUCCAUAAAUGGAUCCCUCAAUUGCAGCAAGGAGGCAAACUCUGUUAAAUUUGUGAAUGGAGUUGCAGUUGUACCAGGAAGGACUCGCACCCUGGUUGAGAGAUUUGAAAGGAGAGAGAGAUUUGAUCGUAAUGAAGAUCAAGCAACUCGCAUAUCUAUUCCUGUAAUACCUGAAGACCAAGCAACUAGCAGAAUUAGUCCUGUGACACCUGAAGAUAAAGUAACUAGCAUAUCUGGUCCUAUGAUACCUGAAGUUGAAGCUAGUAUCUCUAAUCCUGUGAUACCUGAAGUUGAAGCUAGUAUCUCUAGUCCUUUGAUUCCUGAAGUUGAAACUAGCAUCUCUAGUCCUGUGAUACCUGAAAGGGAAAAAACAUCCACCAGGCUGCAGAAAGAAGGACCUCAAAUUUCUGGGAGGCAUAUCGCCUCUACAAAGAAUGGGGGUCCUAGUGAAGAUUUGACGCAAACUCAUGAAGUUUUUCUCAGUACCCUUCGUUCCCGCCUGACAAAAUUGCAGGUGGUGCGGCAUUUUUGGGAACGGAAUGAUAUUAAAGGUGCUAUUGGUGCUAUCAGGAAGCUGCCAGAUCAUUCUGUACAAGCGGAUGUUAUUAGUGUUCUCCUAGAGAAAAUGGAUAUCCUCACUUUAGAUCUCUUUUCUCGUUUGCUUCCUGUGCUUCUGGGCCUACUUGAUAGCAAGAUUGAAAGGCAUGCAAUUGUGUCGUUGGAGAUGCUAUUGAAGCUAGUGGCAGUCUUUGGCCCAGUGAUACACUCGACCAUUUCAGCACCUCCAGCUGUUGGUGUCAACCUUCAGGCAGAGCAAAGGCUCCAAUGCUGCAACCAAUGCUUUAUCCAGCUGCAGAAGAUCCAGAAAAUUCUUCCGGUCUUUGUAAGGAGGGGUGGUGUGCUGGCAAGAUGUGCUCAGGAAUUGAAUCUAGUUCUUCAACAGUCAUAAGAACAGAUACUGUCUGC